CCUCCCUCGCGCCAUGCCGGGCGCCCCUUUGCGGGCGGUGCGCCUGGCCAGCCCCGCGCUCCCAGCCCCGCCGCCCCCUCGGCCCUGAAGCGGGCAGGAAAGGCGCGCGGGAGGAAGAGGAAGGGGAAGGGGAAAGGAAGCCAGCCGGGAAGGAAGGAAGGAAGCGCCGAGGCGGAGGAGGCGGCCCAGGACUUCCUGCUUGCUGCUGGGCGCUGCUUUCCCCUGCGGAGCCAUGGCGGAGGGUCCCGGGCAGCUGAUCAUCAAGCAGGAAAGGAUUUCCUAUACCCCUCCUGUGAGCCCAGUGCCAAAUUACGCUUCCUCAUCGCCACUACAUGUCCCGGGGUCUCGAGCAAUCAGGAUGGAGGAAGAUGCCAUCAGGCUGCCAGCCCACCUGCGCUUACAGCCCCAUUAUUGGAGCAGGGAUGAUGUGGCCCAGUGGCUGAAGUGGGCUGAAAAGGAGUUCUCGUUGAGGCCCAUCGACAGCAACACGUUUGAGAUGAAUGGCAAAGCACUCCUGCUCCUGACCAAAGAGGAUUUUCGAUACAGGUCUCCCCAUUCAGGUGAUGUGCUAUAUGAGCUUCUUCAGCAUCUCUUGAAGCAAAGGAAUUCUCAUGUGCUAUUUUCCCCUUUCUUCCACCCUGGAAAUUCGAUCCACACCCAGUCAGAUGUCAUGCUACAUCAGAACCACGAUGAAGACAAUUUCAUCCAGCGACCCUCAAGACAAUCAACCGAUACAGCCCACCACAACCUGCCCACUAUUGAACUGUUGCAUCGUUCUAGAUCACCCAUCAAUGCCAACCACAGGCCUUCUCCAGAGCCUGAGCAGCGGUCAUUGAAAUCCCCGCUAGAGAACACUGUUCGUCGCCUCUCACCAGCAGACCGGCUCUCAGGGACAAGACACCACCAGGAGAACAACCACCAGGAGUCUUACCCUCUCUCAGUGUCUCCUGUGGAGAACAACCACUGCCCAACCCCUUCUGAUGUACUCCAGAAGCCUUCCAGCCCCCGCCAGGAGAACACCCGGGUGAUCCAGCUGAUGCCAAGCCCAAUCAUGCACCCCUUGAUACUCAACCCCAGGCACUCUGUGGAUUUCAAAGCCUCCAGGUUGUCCGAGGACGGGCUGCACAGAGACGUCAAGCCCAUCAACCUGUCCCAUCGGGAGGAGCUGGCCUACAUGAACCACAUCAUGGUGUCUGUCUCUCCUCCCGAAGAGCAUGCAAUGCCCAUUGGAAGAAUAGCAGACUGCAGGCUCCUUUGGGAUUACGUCUAUCAGCUGCUGUCCGACAGCCGGUACGAAAGCUUCAUCCGAUGGGAGGACAGGGAAUCCAAGAUAUUUCGGAUUGUGGAUCCUAAUGGGCUGGCCCGGCUCUGGGGGAACCACAAGAACAGAACAAAUAUGACGUAUGAGAAAAUGUCUCGAGCCCUACGCCACUACUAUAAACUAAAUAUUAUCCGGAAAGAACCCGGACAAAGGCUUUUGUUCAGAUUCAUGAAGACCCCAGAUGAGAUUAUGAGUGGCCGCACCGAUCGCCUGGAACAUCUUGAAUCUCAGGAACUGGAUGAGCAACUAUACCAAGAAGAGGACUGCUAAAGGAUCCAGCGCCCUUGCUUCACUUUGUUCUGUGGAGCACAGUCAGUGUGGAGGCAUGUUUGGGACAGGAAGUGAAACCCCAGGAUUUAGCCUUGACCCUGGUGACUGUGCAGGACCCCCCCCUCCCCCAAGCACCUUAGCAGAACCAAUCUAUUGGCAAGGACAGUGUUGGCCCCAAGAUUUGGAGGAGAGAGCAAAGAAACACAGAGCACUGCUGCAUUGGUCCUUUAGAGUCUCCCCCACUCCCAGUUGGGGUUUUUUUAUGGCUGGUUGGUCGGUUAGUUGGUUUGGGCUUUUCUUUUCUAUUUAACAUGCCAUUUUGCCUUUUUAAGUGACUUUUGUAGGGCAAAAUGUCAGUUUUUUGCUUAUUCCAAAGGCUUCCCUAUGGGAACCAGUGUUUUCUGCACUGGUUUCACAUUAUCCCGAUAUAGGAACAGUGACAAAUGUCACAGCAGGGGUCAGAAAGUGUCUCCAGUUGCCUUGCUGAUACUUCCUCUUCCCCUCAAAGUAGCUUAGGCUGCAGUUCAGGGUAUGAGAACCAAGGCAUCGCCCUCCAUCUUGUUAUGAGAGGUCUGAUUGGUCUAUCUUGAGGUGGCCUUGAAUCCUGGAUGUGUCAGCUAACCACAAGCACUCACAGGACUUAUCCAAACACCUGGGUUCCACAGGAAUAAAGAAAACGUGGUGGACUCCUCCAAGCUUUGGGUCGGUCCUUCCGAGUUGACAGGAGGGAUAUAUGAAGGUUGCGCUGGUGAGACGGAGUUUUGGGCCAACUGUUGAGCCAUUGGGGUUGAUAUAUUUGCAGUGGCAAGAGGGAGGUUUGUCUUCUCUAGCAGCUGAUUGAAGAAUAAAGAUAUUGCUCAUAAAAGGAGAAGGGAAGACCGCUUAGCCUUUCCAGAAGCACCCCCAGAAAGAGUCUCCACAUCUCUGCGGGCUGUCAGUAUCAUCACAGUUGCUGGGAAAGCCACCAGCCAAAUGGUUGGGCUGAUCUUUGUCAUGGAUCCCCACCCCCAGUACGACCCACCCAGUUUUCUAGCCUCUUGAUCCCUUUCUUCAUAAUGACAGAAUUGCAUUCUUGCCCUGUUAAGCUGAAAUGGUUUUGUUUCUGGAAGUUUUAGGCUGAUUUAGCAGCCUGUGAGAUCUGAAUUUUGGAUGCUUGUUUGUCAGUUGAUCUUGACUCUGUAGGGAAAGGCCUUUUCCUCAGAGGUGGGGUUGGAGAUAUAGUCCUCUAGGGUUGAACAGCACACACUCACUGUCACAAUCUGAUGGCACUACAACAUCCACAGUUUUUUAAAAAAAACCCUGGCCAUGGCUGUGUAUAUCUUGUGUUCAGGAAAAUAGAAUUUUAAACCACGGUUGUUUUAGUUUUUCAUCAGGAAAUUUAGGAUUUCAUUUGCAGCAAAUACACAUCUUUGUCCCUAGAGAUGCCAGAUAAACUUUUGUGGACAAAUUGAACAUAUCAAACAGGUAGUCGUGGAUCUAUCUAGAAGUAAUUUCUGUGAUUUUGUCAACUAGAACAAAAAACAUUGCAGCCAAAUGAAGUGAAAGAAUGAGAUUAAAAUUACAACAAAGCAAA